UUGCCGGCUGCUCAGCUGAUGAGUUCGUUGGUGUUUCCCUUGUCUCUUUUUAAUUUCCAUUCUUUCAUUCUUUGUCUGCAAUGCGAUGGAACUUUUUGUUCGUUUUCUUUUAAUAACCGUUAAGUUUGUUGCUUUACUUUUACAUCCGCUUCAAUAUUUAAUGCGCAUUUGGACAAGUUGCCAGUUAAAGGAAAACAAGUUACCGGCAAUCAGCAAUCGCCUGUUGACCUACAGUCUCCAGGAGCUGCGCAGCCGACUUCGUGCCCGCCAGCUGACAUCCGUUGAAUUGGUAAGCGUUUAUAUCGAGCGCAUAAAAGUCGUUAAUCCCAAGUUAAAUGCCAUUGUGGAGGAUCGCUUUGAGGAGGCGCUGCGAGAGGCAGCAGAUGUUGAUAAACUUAUCGCAGCUGCCGGCGAUGUGAAAAGUCUCUUCAAGAAUCAACCGCUGCUCGGUCUGCCGGUCACCGUCAAGGAGUCAUGUGCUCUUGGUGGCAUGUCCUUUGCCGUCGGCAGCCUGGCUAGGCAUCAACUGAGAGCCGACGAGGAUGGCGUCGUUGUUGCACGCAUGCGCAAAGCAGGUGCCAUUCCAUUGCUGGUGUCCGCCACUCCCGAGUACUGUUACUCCAUUGAUGCGGACACGCUGAUCAACGGACGCUGCUCGAAUCCGUUUGACUUUGGAUGCACACCUGGCGGCAGCUCCAGUGGCGAGGGCGCAUUGAACGGAGCUGGCGCCUCGCUUUUUGGCAUUGGUUCGGACAUUGCCGGUUCCAUCCGCAUUCCCAGCUUAUUUUGCGGUGUCUUUGGGCACAAGCCCACUGGGGGCGUGGUCACAAUGGCUGGACACUUUCCCCACUCCAAUGGUGCGGACUUUCACAAGUAUUUGGUGCUGGGUCCCAUUACAAGAUUUGCCACGGAUCUUAACCAAUUGCUAGAGAUAAUGGCCGGAGAGAAUGCAGAGCAGCUGCGUCUGCAUGAGCCGGUAGAGCUGAGCCAGCUAAAAGUUUAUUACGCUCUGGGUUUCCCAGGUCUCAAUGGACACAUGCAUCAAUCCGUCGAUGGGGCCAUACAAAACGCCAUUCUCAGGGCUGUGACACAUCUGGACAAACUUGGUCUACAGGUGCAACAGGCCAAGUUGCCUGGGUUCAAGAAUUCAUUGGAGAUAUCCUUGGGCGGCAUAGCCCGUCUGAGGAACAUGCAGUUUAUAGUGGAGGGAAAGGAGAAGGGCAUGGUGUGGGAAUUGUUUGGUCAACUACUGCGCACCCUUUGUGGCAAUUCCAGAUACACAACGAAUGCCAUUAUCUUUGAUUUAAUGCGGCGCACAAACGCCUUCAUGCCCGCCCAGCGUCUGGACACCUAUGGGCGAGAGGGGAAAGCGUUAGUGGAGGAACUAACUCAAUUGCUGGGCGAGAAUGGCGUCAUACUCUUUCCCACGAUGCAUGCUCCUGCUCCUCGACAUGGCUGGACAUCUCUGCAGUUGUGGGGCGUUGAUUACACGCUGAUUUUUAACGUGCUCGGCUUUCCGGUCACCCAUGUUCCCAUGGGAAUCAACGAGCACGGUUUGCCCAUUGGAUUCUCGGUCAUUGCAGCUCCAUUUCAGGAUCGCUUGUGUCUACGCAUGGCCAUUGAAUUGGAGCGCGCAUUUGGCGGUUGGCUGCCCCCAACACCACACGACUUUUCCAAAUAAAUAUCCUUCAAUAUCCUAUGUAAGUAAUACAUAUUUUUAUACUUUAUG